AUGUCACAGUCUAGCAGUAGCACAGCUAACAGAAAUUCCGGCCGGCACCCAGUUUAUAAGGGAGUUAGGCGCCGUAAAACCAGUGGAAAAUGGGUGUCUGAAAUUCGGGAGCCAAGAACGCCAAACAGAAUAUGGCUUGGCACAUUUCCUACUCCAGAAAUGGCUGCAGUAGCCUAUGAUGUGGCAGCACUUGCUCUUAAGGGUUCUGAAGCUGAGCUUAAUUUCCCAAAUUCAGCUUCUUCUUUACCAGUCCCGGCUUCUCCCUCGCCGCGUGACAUUCAGGCUGCUGCCGCCAGUGCAGCCGCUGCAGCUGGGGCGGCGGUGGAUGCUUUUGGUGUUAGAAACAAUAUGGUUGACAUGACUGCAAAUCCCGGGUUGUCUGAAAUCCCUGAGUUUAUUGAUGAGGAUUUGAUCUUUGAUAUGCCUAAUGUUCUGAUGAACAUGGCUCAGGGAAUGCUUCUUAGCCCUCCCCGCCUGGGGGACACUGGUGCUCCUGAAAAUAUAGAAGAUGAGAACCUCUGGAAUUACCUCUAA